UGAUGGCCGUACCAGAGGAUAAGGAGACGAUGGUGGCCGUGACAGAGGAGAGGGAGAAGACCAAACGGAGGAAAAAUUAUAGGGUUAAGAAAGAAUCCCAAUGUUCCAUCUUUCGAAGACGAGGACCAAUCCGUUUUGGACUUGAAAUCAUCUGUAAUGAGUAUUCUGAGCCUUGUACUCGCUUAGUCACCCUUUAUGCUAGGCUCGGCCUUCAUCGUUACAAUUUGCUCCAGGGGAAAAACUUACAGCUCAGUAGCGUAAUGAAAUACAACCAGUCCACGCAUUCUUCUGCUUGCCCUUACGACAUAACUUUGGAAGCCAUGAAUGAUCUCGCGCUUUUACCUUUUCAAACUACUGUUUAUGAAACAUCGUAUGGUAAAUUUGCUGUGUGGUGCAGUUUUGCUAGACCUCUAGGGGAAACCAAGAGACUCAGCAGCAGCAGCUCGUAUAAAAACUUCUUCCUCAUGGAUACCAUGCCUGAGUGGCCACCAGAGGAUCCUUUUGAACAUUCAGACCGAUAUUACGUGCUGAAUGAAUCAGAGCUGCAAGACGAUAUUGACUGCCUUCGUCUCUACUUGGAACUUGCAGUUGCCACGACUAAUAGGGGCACCAUUAUGGAUCAUGAUCUGUCCAACUUGCAGAUUGUCCAAGUGGCUAAAGAUACUACUCCCCAGGAUGUGGAUCCGNCUCGCUUAGUCACCCUUUAUGCUAGGCUCGGCCUUCAUCGUUACAAUUUGCUCCAGGGGAAAAACUUACAGCUCAGUAGCGUAAUGAAAUACAACCAGUCCACGCAUUCUUCUGCUUGCCCUUACGACAUAACUUUGGAAGCCAUGAAUGAUCUCGCGCUUUUACCUUUUCAAACUACUGUUUAUGAAACAUCGUAUGGUAAAUUUGCUGUGUGGUGCAGUUUUGCUAGACCUCUAGGGGAAACCAAGAGACUCAGCAGCAGCAGCUCGUAUAAAAACUUCUUCCUCAUGGAUACCAUGCCUGAGUGGCCACCAGAGGAUCCUUUUGAACAUUCAGACCGAUAUUACGUGCUGAAUGAAUCAGAGCUGCAAGACGAUAUUGACUGCCUUCGUCUCUACUUGGAACUUGCAGUUGCCACGACUAAUAGGGGCACCAUUAUGGAUCAUGAUCUGUCCAACUUGCAGAUUGUCCAAGUGGCUAAAGAUACUACUCCCCAGGAUGUGGAUCCGGUAUUCAACGGCAAAAAUGUUGCGAUUUUCUACAUAAGGUACAAGGACUCAUGCGAGGCUCGAGUUGGUAAGGAUGUUGAUCGCGUAGCUAUUGUCAGAAGAGCCUUCUAUGAGAAGCGGGGAUGCUUCGCUCUUGUGGGCAAGACUCUGAGUUUAGGAAUUAUACCAACAAAAGGGUAAGAAGCAGAGUGAACAACUUAUGCUUAGCCUACGUCUCAAACGGCAGCUUGUUAUGUAGUCCUAGGCGACUCAAGGUAUAGAAAUAUAAUGGCGUUAAUUGGCCUGUAUCGUGGUCUUCACAAGGCAAAAUUGAAAAUCCACAUUGGAUCACUAUAGACCCAAAAGUUAAUUAAAACAUUUGAAUUUUACGUGGGGUUGCUUU